GGGACGAUACACCUGUUCCGCAAAUCACAGAGAUCAUUGGUUGGAAAAUUAACACAUGAAUUUAGGCUCGUUGCAGCAGAUAGGAGGUCCUGGAAGAUCUUGCUGUUUGGUGCUAUAAAUUUAAUAUGUAUUGGCUUCCUGCUAAUGUGGUGCAGCUCUACAAACAGCAUAGCUUUAACUGCUUACACAUAUUUGACAAUCUUUGACCUUUUCAGUUUGGUAACAUGUCUAAUAAGCUACUGGGUAAUGAUGAAGAAACCCAGCCCAGUCUAUUCAUUUGGGUUUGAAAGGUUUGAAGUUCUAGCUGUAUUUGCAUCUACAGUUCUGGCACAGCUUGGUGCUCUUUUUAUACUGAAAGAAAGUGCAGAGCGGUUUCUGGAACAACCUGAGAUACACACGGGGCGACUGCUGGUUGGUACUUUUGUGGCUCUCUUUUUCAACUUAUUUACAAUGCUUUCCAUUAGGAAUAAGCCUUUUGCUUAUGUCUCUGAAGCUGCCAGCACAAGCUGGCUUCAGGAGCAUGUUGCAGAUCUUAGUAGAAGUAUUUGUGGAAUCAUCCCAGGAUUGAGUAGCAUCUUUCUGCCACGAAUGAAUCCUUUUGUCUUGAUUGAUAUUGCUGGAGCCCUAGCUCUUUGCAUUACAUACAUGCUCAUUGAAAUCAACAAUUAUUUUGCUGUAGACACAGCCUCUGCCAUAGCAAUUGCUUUGAUGACAUUUGGUACCAUGUAUCCCAUGAGUGUCUACAGUGGAAAAGUACUACUCCAGACAACCCCACCUCAUGUGAUUGGCCAGUUAGAUAAACUUCUUAGAGAGGUUUCAACUUUGGAUGGUGUCUUGGAAGUUCGAAAUGAGCAUUUCUGGACAUUAGGUUUUGGCACUUUGGCUGGAUCAGUACAUGUCCGAAUUCGGAGAGAUGCAAACGAACAAAUGGUACUUGCCCAUGUCACUAACAGAUUAUACACAUUGGUCUCUACCUUGACUGUUCAGAUUUUCAAAGAUGACUGGAUCAGACCUACCUUAUCAUCUGUGCCUAUUGCAAACAAUAUUCUGAACCUUUCGGAUCAUCAUAUUAUUCCAAUGCCAUCUUUGAAAGCUGCUGAUAAUUUGAACCCUGUUACGUCCACUCCAGCUAAGCCCAGCAGCCCACCGCCAGAAUUUGCUUUUAAUACACCAGGCAAAAAUGUGAGUCCAGUCAUCCUUCUAAACACUCAGACAAGGCCCUAUGGAUUGGCCUUUAAUCAUGGAUCCGCACCGUACAGCAGUGUACUCAAUCAAGGAUUUGGAAUACCGGGAAUGGGAGCAGCUCAAGGAUUCAGAACUGGUUUUACAAAUGUCCCAAGCAGAUAUGGAACAAACACUCGUGGGCAACCCCGACCAUAAUAAACACCAUUAUUUAUUGUACUUAAGGGUAUUGACUUAAUUCUUUUAUUACCCAAUUUUUAUAAACAUUUGGAAUGUCAGAUCAUUCUAAAUGGCUGGGAACAAGUGCAUUGUUCAUAUUCAUGAAAUGGUUAAAAUGCAAUUUUUUUCUUUGCAUCAGCAGUAGCUUGUGUAAUGCCACAAAUAUUUUCCAGACUUACGAUACUUUACAGGUAGUUUUUAUAGAGUAUCUAUUUCUAUUCAGCUUUUUAUUCACUUUUCUUUAUUUUCCCAAGAAUGUAUUGAGAUAUAGCACAACUCCAUAAGAGAGUAAAAUGGUGACCAGGUAGCAUUUUUUUUCUAAUGAGAAUCGCUUAAUGAAUGCUGAAUAGCGGAGAGAAUAGGAAAUUGCAGAAAUACAAGUCCCAGUUUUUAGAGAUGUUUUGAUUGCUGUAUUAAGCCAUCUUUUGGCAAAGUCACAAUUAGUUUUUGGUUGCAAAAUCCAUCAGUAUUCAUAUUGUGGCCAUUGUGAAGACAAUCUGGCAUUUCAGAUUCUUACUAAUUUUGUGAGACCAUGUUUCUACAUUUUUAUUGAUGCUUUUAUAGAAAUUCAGAUGGUUCAGCAACCAUUUUCUAGUUGUAAGUAUUCCAUAUUCAUCUCUGAUAUUUCUUCCUUUUUGGUUUAACUGCAAAAUUACUUAGCAAUAUACUGGGAAAUAAAAUAUUUCAAACU